CCGGUGUCCAAAAGAGAAAAUGUUUAUAUAUUCCACUGUCUUCUUCAAAACGGCGUCUCGCUUCUGUAAUGUUCUCUCAUACGUUUCAUUUCCCUCUCUCUUCUUUGUAAUGGAAUCAGUCGGUCAGCAAUCAUAUGUUUGUGUUUAUGAACUGAUCGCCGAGUAAUUCAAUAAUGCCAGCCUGAUUUUAACUUUCUUUGUUUUUACGACGCCGUUUUCGUUCUUUCCUCUCCUCCUCGGUCUCCCGUGAAGAGAGAAUACCCGAAGUUUUUGUCCUCUUUUUUGGUAAAGUUCGUAAUUCUUAGAUUCGGUUAAGUGUUGUGAUCGGGAUCGAUCUCAGCCGUUGGAUUUGAUUACUUCAGAGAAAAAAGAAACGCUGACCGAUGAUUUUGUUUUUGAAGUUGAGAAGUUGAUGAUUUUUUUUUUAUUUAAAAAGGUUUUUGAAUUAAAGCUUAAUUCGACAAGAAGUUAAGACGAAAUGUUAGAUCUUAACCUCAAUGUCGCGUCGAUUGAGUCGACUCAGGGCCCCGACUCGGCGGCUCCUUUUACCAGUAAGCUCAAUGAAGGUUCUGCAAACCAAAUGGACGAAUCUGGGACCUCGAAUUCGUCAAUCGUCAACGACGACGAUGAGUCGUGCUCCACACGCACCAACGGAGGUGCGUUCACUCUAAGUUUCGACAUACUCAAAGUCGGAAGCGGAGGAAUCGAGUACGAAAACGACGAGGCAGCCGUGGUGGUUAGUAAGGAACUGUUUCCGGUAAAGGGAGUUGGAGCCGAUUUCGGAAGCUCUGAAGGGCAAAGCUCGGGAAUUAAUAACAACUACAAAUGGAUCAAUCUCUCGUUCGAGAGAAAAGAAGCCGCUGAUCCGGGGGUGAUGCAACAACAACAACAACCGUCACAGACGGUGAAGAAAAGCCGUAGAGGACCUCGCUCCAGAAGCUCACAGUACCGAGGAGUUACUUUCUAUAGAAGAACUGGAAGAUGGGAAUCCCAUAUUUGGGAUUGCGGGAAACAAGUAUAUUUGGGUGGAUUUGACACUGCACAAGCUGCAGCUAGAGCCUACGAUCGAGCGGCUAUUAAAUUUCGAGGGCUUGAUGCUGAUAUCAAUUUCAAUCUCGGUGAUUAUGAGGAUGAUAUGAAACAGAUGAAGAAUCUGACAAAGGAAGAAUUUGUGCUCAUACUUCGUCGUCAGAGUACUGGUUUUUCGAGGGGAAGCUCGAAGUAUCGUGGAGUGACGCUGCACAAAUGUGGCCGGUGGGAAGCACGGAUGGGGCAAUUCCUAGGAAAAAAGUAUAUUUAUCUGGGGCUCUUCGACAGUGAAGUGGAAGCUGCAAGGGCUUAUGACAAGGCAGCUAUCAAAUGUAAUGGAAAGGAGGCGGUCACGAACUUUGAGCCAAGUACAUAUAAAGCGGAGAUGAUCUUUGAUACCAGUAAUGAAGGCAAUAGUCACAACCUUGAUCUGAACCUGGGGAUAUCUCCACCUGUUGGCAAUGGUCCCAAGGAAAAUGAGGGGUGUCUCCAUUUCCAUUCUGGCCUUUAUGACAUGCAUGGCGGGAAGAGUUUGAGGGCAGGGAACCCCGCUGCUGCAACAGUGGGUGCUCCAAGUUUCAAGGGGCAAGUGGGGGCUUCUGAUCAGCCUAAAUUCUGGAAUAACGUAUAUCCUACAUACUUGCCUAGUGAGGAAAGAGCAAUGGUGAAAAGAGUUGAAUUAGGUCAUCCGCAAAGUCUCCCCGAUUGGGCGUGGCAAAUGCAUGGUCAGGUCAGUGCUAGGCCAAUGCCACUGUUCUCUACUGCAGCAUCAUCAGGAUUCUCAUUCUCGGCCACCCCUCGCGCUGCUGCCAUUCUUCCGUCAAAACCUCUCAAGCCAACGACCCAUGAUCUAUGCUUCAGCUCCUCAACCGCCAACGCCACCAACACUCCGCUAACCUAUUUUCCGAUGAAGCCACCACAGGCACCACCUUAGCCUCAUUUCUCUACAAUUUUCAGUGGAAACGCAACAAUAACAGCGAUUGUCUUUUAAGUUUAAUUGUAUAAUUGUAUGACGAUUCGAUACACUUUGACACUUGGGACAUGUUUGAUAAACCAAAAAGGAAAGUAUGCUCUUGUUGGAUACGUGCAUCAUUGUCAAGAAAGUGCUAAUUUGAUUAAUUUGAUUCCUGUUUGUGCAUUAAGGCCUAUUCGACUUUCUUGUGAGGGUUAAUGUCACCGUUAGGCUUUAAA